GAAGAAUAUUAUUGUAUUUAUUUGGGGGAAUGACUCAAUUACUGUAAAAACAAUUUGCAAAUAAAGUAGAAGACGAACAUAUAAUGGACCAUCAACAAACUCCGAACGCGCCACUGCUUCCGCCGCCGAUGCGGCCAACGGUACAUCAGGAUGACGCCGACGAAGAAGACGAAACUGUAAAGCAGCUCAACGAGUGCUCUUCUGUCUACUUAUCAUUACAGGAUUGUCUGAUCAAUUCUAACCGGAAUUGGAAAUCUUGUCAAAAAGCAAAAAGUUUACAGGGUCAUAAGUUGUGGCUGUGGCACUACAGAAACAACCAAACUAGCAGAUGAUGUAUGUACAACUUGCCUAGUGGAACUAGUAUUAAACAUAGAAGACCUAUUGGAGUAGGAUAUAGACUGCACUCUUCUACUAUACAACUCCCCAUUCUUGUCAGCCUGCAAAAUAUUCGUCAAGGAUGCUGGAGAGUUCCAAAACAGCAGAGUGUUAUCAUCCAUCAAAGUAGUAGUUAUGGUGACAACAACUAAAACAUCCGCUAGUUCAUUUUGUUCCUUGUAAACGUGAGAGUCAUGAAAUAGCGGUGAGUUUAGUAGGUGCAACAACUGUAGUGAGUCCAUGUUUCUUUCCAGAUGCAUCAUCCCAUAUUGCAGAGCUAAAGUAGGUCCUACCAACAUAGCUCACAUUUCCAUCUCAAGAGGCUUAGAAGUAGGACAAGUCCCUGUAAAUCCAAGUAUCCAAUCUCUGACACUAUUUCUAAAAACACCCCCUGCGGUAAAUAAGCCUGAAACUGAAUCACAACCACUAUCCAUAAUAAGCAUAAUGUUAGAAUUAGCAGACUGGUUUCUUAGUAACAUGACAUACAUGUUACUAAGAAAGGUUUUCCCUCGAAGAUAUAUUUAUUAUGUCGUGCCAACCAAACAGCCCAAAGACAGAAAGGAAAGAAAGUUGAUGCGCGGGUAUGCAGUGAAUAAAUCUAGCACCCAAAAGUUUUACAAAGCUAAGGAGAAGUACCCAAAGAAGCAAUUUGUUGAGUGGUUCCUAACUCGAACCACAAUGGUUGAUAUAGGUUGUGUUUAUAGACUUUGAAUAGCCACCAACAUAUAUAUCAAUAAAUCAAAAAUA